UAAUUUUUUAUGUAAUUUUACAACAGAGACUAAGUCUCGUUAUCAACCAGUAGCCUCUAAAUUAGUAUUUUGAUAAAUUUUGAAAAAAACGUUUGAAAUUUAUUCGAUGUUAAAUUUUUGUUGGCUUCCCUGAAUCCCCCUCGCCUGUCAAAACUUUUACAUAACAAACCCCAAAAAUGAGUGUUUCGAAAGAAUCAAAGCCGUUCGAUUAUUGCUCCAGCCCGGAUGGUGAAGAUGUGCUACAAAAAUUUGGCGUUAUUGCCAAGCCCGUGGCUCUUACGGCUUUCGCCCUGUCGACGAUCGACGUGAUGCUGUACAGUCACCCUAAAGGUUAUAUGCAGACAAUCGCCAGGUACUGCUACUGCUCCUGGCCCAUUAUUGGGGCUGCUUCCGCUUUUGUCAUUGGGAGCAACUUGGCCGGCUCUCUGCGCAAGAAAGACGACAAGUUGAACUGGUUUAUUGGUGGAGCUUCAGCAGGGGCUGUCGCCGGUAUCUGGAGGAAGAAUACUCUGACUGGAUGCCUUGUGGCCACGUUCGCGGGGGUACUCGCACUUAGCAAGAAACACUGCAUAAUGAACAACACGCAUUUGUUGUACCCCAAAGAAUACCAUGUGCAGUGGGGGGGCCUCAGGACCGUGCGUCAAGACUGGACACUGACCAAGCACAGGCCUGGCAACUGGACCACCGGGGAGAAUUGAAGUGGUUUGUCUUGUAGUUAAAUGUAAAUAAAGUUCGUUUUAAAUAAAUCAGUUUAUUGAUA